UUGAAUUAAGUUUACGAAGUCGUUUCGUCGAAGAAGCUAACAUAUCUCAGUGUAUUUUGAACGUUCCUUAUCUAAUCGAGUCCACUCGAUUGCUGAAUUUGAUUGUCCGUGUCCAAUCAGUGUAACUUUUACCCCGCACUCGUAAAGACCUCUGCUGCUUUUAUUUCUGAAUUAAGUUUUUGUGCUCGUUUGUAUUCCAUAUGGAAGAACAGUUAGUGAAUCCAUUUGAAAAUGACAAUACGAUACCGGACGAGGUGCAAGAAAAACUUGCGAAAGUGGUCGAAAGAUAUCAACAAAUGAGCGAUGAGGAAAAAGAGGAGUUUCAAAAGGGCGCCUUUGACGUAUUAACAAAGAAUUUGCAAAAGUCGAAGAACACAAUUUUGCAUACGUGGCUUACAUCGUACCAGUCUUACAUUCUGUUUAUUUUCGCGGUAUUGAUUGUGGGACUUCUGCUCGUUAUCGUUGCGCGCAGAUUAUAUCAGCGCACGAAAGAACGAGAACAACAUCAAGAAGAGAAGAGAAAACUAAGACAUCAGAAAGCAGAGAUGAAGAAAAAGAAAAAAAAGCAAACAUAACGUGCAAUCAUUUACAUUCAAUAAUGUUUUAAUAGAAAAAUCUCAUUGACGAACAGACGAUCGA